GCCUGUGCGCGCCCCGCUGGCGGAGGGACCAGGGCGCGGGGCAGUCUGGCGGUUGCCAGGAAGCGAGAAGACACACAAUGGGCCCGGGACUCAGGAGCCUGCGCCUGCAGCGCCUCUGUGUCGGUCCCCAGGCAGGAGCCACCACGCAGGUGCUGCGGGCCCUGCGCGCCCCCGCCGCGCAAUGGGCUCGGACGCCUGGGUCGGGCCUUGGAGACCCCACCGGCCGCGUGGCCCCAUCGCAGCGCUCUACAGCGGCCCCGGGCCCAAAUACCAGCUGCCGCCCAACACCGGCUAUUUCCUGCAUGACCCGUCGCGGCCUCGAGCCCCAGCCUUCACCUUCGGCGCGCGGCUGCCUACGCAACGGCCCACCUGCGGCCCGGGGCCCGGCCACCUUGUGCCGGCUCACAUGACCGCGCGUGGCCUGGACUGUGCCCCCGCCUACUCCAUUCUCGGCCGCCCGCGGGACUCGGCUCCCUUCCUCACGCCAGGACCCGGCAAGUACUUCCCGGAACGUGCAGGGAACGCGACCUACCCCUGUGCGCCCCGGCACACCAUCGCCCCCCGGAACUGGGGCGUCUGCGUGGAGCAGCAGACCCCAGGCCCGGGCGCCUACUCUGUGCCCUCGCUCCUGGGUCCGCGCGUGAUCGGCAAGGUGUCAGCUCCUACAUAUUCCAUCUACGGGCGCAGCGCGGUGGGCAGCUGCUUCGAGGACCUCAGCAAGACCCCCGGCCCCUGUGCCUACCACGUGGUGAAUCCCGGCGUCUACAAGGCCAGGGCUCCACAGUUCUCGAUGCUGGCUCGCACAUCCGUCCCCCAAGACAGUACGCAGAACCCUGGGCCAGCAGCCUACAACGUGGACCAGCCUCGGAAACCUCGCGGCUGGAGCUUCGGGAUCCGGCAUUCGGACUACCUGGCCUCCACCCUGGCCAAAAUGGACAACUGACCAACCCCGACUAUUCAAUAAAGCUUGGGCACACC